UCAUUCACAUCCAUCCCAGACCAACCCCAUCUUGCAUUUCCCUCCAAACACCCUCUUCUCUCAUUGCUUCCCCGAAACCCAAAAUGCCUCUAGAGGAAGAGAAGCCGAAGAAGCUUGACCACGAGGUCCGGGACAUGGUCUCGGCGAUCGUGGGCCGGAUCUCCAACCUCCAAAGGCCGGGCUCGAGCCAGACGUCCGAGGAGGACGACGACCGCGGCGUGAGGAUAGUCACGCUGGCGGGGAACAACGUUGGCGCCACCCUGAAGAGCGAGAUGGAUGAGAAAUCGAGCGGUCCUGAUGAGGAGCUCGACGCAAUGAGCACGUACGUGAACAGCAACUUCCAAGCCGUGAACAACUCGAUCAUGAUGGGUGGGAGCUACACGACCAACGACCCUGGCGUGCAUUUGGAUGUGUCUGACUUUGUUGAGCACCGUGAGAAGGACCAUCGUAAGCCAGGGAAGCAUGGCAAGAAGGAGAAGAUGAAGAAGAAGAAGGACCAGGAAAGUGGGAAGAGUGACCAGCAAACUGAGCAUUCUGAAUGAGCACACUCAAGUUCGUUUGUUUCUCUGGACACCCUUAAAAUCACAAAAAAAGGGAAAAAAAGAAGAAACACAGCUCAGUGAAAGAGAUUGCUGAUAAUAAUCGUUGUCUCUCUGCACAUGUUCCUCUGCUGAAUUGCUAGUUGAUGCUGUUUUCUGUGCCGAAUAAGCUUUCAUGUAACCGUGCCCGUGCUUUGUUUUGAAGUUACCAUGUUUUUUCCAGUGGAGUGUAGAAUCAUUUCCAUGUUCCUGACUCAA